AUGUGUUUCAAAGCCCGACCACUUUACCACAAAGAUAAACUAUGGGGGCAGCAGCAUCGGGCGUUUCAACGCAAAUGCAAGCGGAACAUGACCCUAAUGCCAAUUUUCCUUGAUAGUGCCAAAUUCAGGUGGGUACGUUUCUUGGCGAAAGGAGUGGGAAUUGUUGGCGGUUUUGUGGGGAUCUUCUUUGGAGCACUCGGUCUGCUGUCUCUAACGCCUACCUGCGUUAUUGCUGUGUUACUGCAAAUGGUAUUUGGCUUCCUAACAAUUGCAUUAGAGGCUCCUUUCUGUUGUAUGUUCGUAGAUUUCAUCGAAAAGAUUGCACAGUUCAGUGAGUCACGAAAGCACUGGCACAAAGCAAUUCUUUAUGGGACGAUGGGUAUUAUACCCAUUGUUAUGUGCUUUGAACUAAAUACUUUCCUUGGUUCGGGCAUGAUCUUCGCUUGUGGCACUAUCUAUGGAUUCAUGGCUCUAGGGAAAAAGGCGGAUCGAGGAACGAUGAUGGCUGCCGGAGAUCCGGCAUGGAGUCCUCAAGUUAAUCAGCCGUCAGUUUCUUAG